AUGGCGAAGGAAGGCCUGGAGGAAGCCCUCCUGGUCGCGAGCCGCGCGACGGAUGGAGGCGGCGACGAGGGCCUGGGGCUGGGGGUGCGCGACGAGGUGAAGAAGCAGCUGUGGCUGGCCGGGCCGCUCAUCGCCGGCGCGCUGCUGCAGAACCUGAUCCAGAUGAUCUCGGUCAUGUACGUCGGCCACCUCGGCGAGCUCGCCCUCGCCGGCGCCUCCAUGGCCAGCUCCUUCGCCACCGUCACCGGCUUCAGCCUCCUGCUUGGAAUGGCGAGUGCACUGGACACCCUCUGCGGCCAAGCAUACGGAGCCAGGCAAUACCACCUCCUCGGCGUCUACAAGCAGCGGGCGAUGGUGAUCCUCACCCUGGUCAGCAUCCCCCUGGCCGUGGUGUGGUUCUACACUGGCGAGAUCCUGCUCCUGUUCGGGCAGGACCCCGACAUCGCCGCGGAGGCCGGCACCUACGCGCGCUGGAUGAUCCCGGCGAUCUUCGCGUACGGGCUGCUGCAAUGCCAUGUCCGGUUCCUGCAGACGCAGAACAUCGUGCUCCCGGUGAUGGCGAGCGCCGGCGCGGCCGCGGCGUUCCACCUCCUCGUCUGCUGGCUGCUCGUGUACGUCGCCGGGAUGGGCAGCAAGGGCGCCGCGCUCAGCAACGCCGUCUCCUACUGGGUCUACGUGAUCGUGCUGGCUGUGUACGUCAGGGUGUCGGGCUCCUGCAAGGAGACGUGGACGGGGUUCUCCACGGAGGCGUUCCGCGACGUGCUCAGCUUCUUCCGGCUCGCCGUCCCGUCGGCCCUCAUGGUCUGCCUGGAGAUGUGGUCGUUCGAGCUCAUAGUGCUCCUGUCAGGCCUUCUUCCCAAUCCAAAGCUGGAGACUUCGGUGCUGUCCAUCAGCCUCAACACCGCUGCCUUCGUAUGGAUGAUCCCCUUUGGCCUCGGCUCUGCCAUAAGCACCCGUGUCUCAAACGAGCUCGGAGCGGGGCGCCCCGACGCUGCCCGGCUUGCGGUGCGUGUCGUCGUCUUGUUGGCCAUGGCGGAAGGACUGAUCAUGGGGUUGGUGCUGAUCUGCAUCAGAUACGUCUGGGGGCAUGCCUACAGCGACGUGGAGGAGGUUGUGACUUACGUUGCCUGGAUGAUGCUCAUCAUCUCGGUGUCCAACUUCUUCGACGGAAUCCAGUGCGUGCUUUCAGGGGUGGCUAGAGGCUGUGGAUGGCAGAAGAUUGGUGCUUGGAUCAAUCUUGGUGCCUACUAUAUCGUCGGCAUCCCCUCGGCCUACCUCAUAGCCUUUGUCUUGCAAGUCGGCGGGACGGGGCUCUGGUUGGGCAUCAUCUGUGGCCUGAUGGUGCAAGUCCUGUUGCUCAUGACCAUCACGAUAUGCACAGACUGGGAUAGAGAGGCGGAUAAGGCAAAGGACAGGGUAUUCAGUUCUUCUCUCCCAACAGAUUUCGCAACUGAAGACCAUACCUAG